GUAUACCAUUUUUUCUUAGGGAGAUGGCUGCCUUUGGUUUCUUUGUGACAAGACUGAUCAGACCUCAAAUCAUCCAUCUACGUCCRUUCAGUACAUUUUUUUAUCGAGAAUUCUUUAGUUCUCAGCCGUUUUUAACUCAAAAAGAUGCAACUUUUAACCAGCUAAAUGCAACAGAUAUAUCCCCCAAAGGCGAUGACCCCAUUUCAGGUCGCAAAUGGCUUGCAGGWUCUCAAGGAAAAGGUUUCCCAAAAUUCCUGGCAAAGCCUCGACAAGACUUUCCACAUGCACUUCAGUUGAAAACCGGUGACCAGCAGUAUAGGUCAAAAGAGCUAGCUGAUAUCUGCAAAAGCAUCAUAGACAAUGACCUAACAAAAUAUGGUGCAAUACUUUUUCGUGACCUCCCAUUGACCAAGGCAGAAGAUUUUGCCGAUUUUUCUGUUUCUAUGGGUUAUGAAACCAUGGACUACAAAGGAGGAUCAGCAAAUCGCAGACUUGUGAAUAAAAACGCGAAUGUGUACACGGCUAAUGAYGAUCCAUCAGCCUAUACUAUUGAACUUCAUAAUGAACUGGCUUAUGCACCAGUCUACCCAAGAAAGCUAUUGUUCUUCUGUUUGGAGCAGCCUAAUGAGGGAUGUGGUGGUCACACCCUGCUGUGUGAUGGGAAAAAGAUAAUGGCUAAACUAAAUCCAAAAUUACUGCAAAAGCUUGAGGAUAAACAUGUCAGGUACUGGUAUCGAGUUCCKCAUGAGAACAAUACUAGCUACAGAUCCUGGCAGGAUAUGUUUGACACUUCAGACAAAAAGGAAGUCGAGAGCUUCCUGGAAAAGGAAGGUUUUAAUUUUUCCUGGGGCAGUAAAGAUGAUAGUCUUCAGUUUUGGAUAACUCGACCACCAUUCAUAAACCAUCCUGAUACAGGAGAAAAGCUGUGGUUUAACCAUCUACACAGGAAGCAUCUCUCAACAUUGAUCGAGUCUCCCAUGUUCCCAGUAGAUGAAGAUAUUGACAGUGUAUAUAGACAUACCAGUUUUUAUGGCGAUGGUAGUGAAGUUGAAGAGGAGGUCCUCCAGCACAUUCGUGCUGUUGCAUGGGAAUGUACAGUUGGAUUUCAGUGGCAAACAGGGGAUUUACUAGUUGUGGAUAACUUCCUGGUCUUACAUGGAAGACUUGGUUUUAAGRGGAACAGAAAAAUACUGGCCAAUUUGCUGGCUAAUUAGGGAAAUAAUCCCAACAGCAGUGAAUGUUUUAAAGCUCUAAACUAAUUAUUCAAACCUAUAUUUUAGAAUAUUUUAGUAUUUUAAUACACAUUUUAGAUAGGUAUGCAUUUUAGGUCUAGGAAAUACAUUGUAGAUAUAUAAACACUAUGGCACUUCUAUAAAUGACAAUAAUUUUAUUAAUAUAUGAAUGAGUUUUCUGCCUGGCAUCAGCAUCAUGUAUUCUGCAUUACGAGGGAAUGUAAUCAAGUUUAUUCCAUGCAGAGAAUAAGCAUGAGCAUAAAAAUAGAAAUUUAAAGUAUUAUAGCA